GUCAAGAUAUGCUGUGCUACCAUUGGCUAGCUGAUCGGAGGGGGCGGGCGUACAGACGUUCCCGGAAGUUCGAGAGGCCCAGCAUGUGCUUGACCUGGAGCCUAAGCCUGGUGGAGCCGGUGCUUAGCAACCGAGGAGGCAAUGUGGCUGGAGCUAGGUGCCAUGCUGCGCGGGACCUGUAGACCGCUGGGCAGGACUGUUCGUCUGUCCUGUUGGGGGGCCCUGGGACCUAGGCCCCACUGGUGGGGGCCAUGUAGGAGUUGUUUGGCCCAAAGUGUUCAUCAGGACCAGCCUGGAAGAGGCCUAAGUGAGGACGACAUUCGCAGGGCACGCGAGGCCCGCCUCAGGAAGGCACCCCGGCCCCAGCUGAGUGAUCGCUCCCGCGAACGCAAGGUGCCUGCCUCCAGAAUCAGUCGCUUGGCCAGCUUUGGGGGGCUGGCUGUGGGCUUGGGUUUGGGAGCACUGGCUGAAGUGACCAAGAAGUCCCUGCCCGGAGGAAGUCCACAGCAUGAGGGCGGCUCUGGACUGGGCUCCAGCCCUUUCCUUUCCGAGGCUAAUGCUGAGAGGAUCGUGCAGACCUUAUGUACAGUCCGGGGGGCUGCCCUCAAGAUCGGCCAAAUGCUCAGCAUCCAGGACAAUAGCUUCAUCAGCCCCCAGCUUCAGCGAAUCUUCGAGAGGGUCCGCCAGAGUGCUGACUUCAUGCCCCGCUGGCAGAUGCUGAGAGUUCUAGAAGAGGAGCUGGGCAAGGACUGGCAAGACAAGAUGGCCUCUCUUGAGGAAGUGCCAUUUGCUGCUGCCUCCAUUGGGCAGGUACACCAAGGCGUGCUGAAGGAUGGGACUGAGGUGGCCGUGAAGAUCCAGUACCCGGGUGUUGCCCAGAGCAUCCAAAGUGACGUGCAGAACCUUCUGUCCCUGCUCAAGAUGAGUGUGGGCCUGCCAGAGGGCCUGUUUGCCGAGCAGAGCCUCCAGGCCUUGCAGCAAGAGCUGGCUUGGGAGUGUGACUACCGCAGAGAAGCCGCCUGUGCCCAGACCUUCAGGAAGCUCUUGGCCGAUGACCCCUUCUUCCGAGUGCCGGCCGCGGUACAGGAGCUGUGCACCACACGCGUGCUGGUCAUGGAGCUGGCUGGGGGAAUCCCUCUAGACCAGUGCCAGGGCCUGAGCCAGGACACCCGGAAUCAGGUUUGCUUUCAGCUCCUGAGGCUGUGUCUACGGGAGCUGUUUGAGUUCAGAUUCAUGCAGACUGAUCCCAACUGGGCCAACUUCCUGUACGAUGCCUCCAGCCACCAGGUGACUCUGCUGGACUUUGGUGCAAGCCGGGCUUUUGGAACAGAGUUCACGGACCAUUACAUUGAGGUGGUGAAGGCUGCGGCAGAUGGAGACAGAGAUCGAGUCCUGCAGAAGUCCCAGGACCUCAAAUUCCUUACUGGCUUUGAAACCAAGGCAUUCUCUGACGCCCACGUGGAAGCUGUGAUGAUCCUGGGGGAGCCCUUUGCUGCCUCAGGCCCCUAUGACUUCGGGUCUGGAGAGACUGCUCGCCGAAUACAGGGCCUCAUCCCGGUGUUGCUUCGGCACCGGCUGCGCCCACCGCCCGAGGAGACCUACGCUCUCCACCGCAAGCUAGCUGGGGCUUUCUUAGCCUGUGCCCGUCUCCACGCCCACAUCGCCUGCCGGGACCUCUUCCAAGACACCUACCACCGCUACUGGGCCAGUCGCCAGGCACUGCCACUGCCAGCAGCCUCCUGACUAGCAGGACCUCCCUGCCGACCCCACCAUGACAGACUCCAUCCAGGGGUGCCAGCGCCACAGCGGGCGCUCCCUUUCCCCUCAGCUCUGGUCCCGGAGUCUGGCUUCUUGCCUUUCAUCUUCGGGCCCCUGGAGUUGGCGCCCUGAUCCAAAGUGCGCAUCCUGAGGCUGGGUGUCAGCAGAUCCCUGCCUGCCACCAUCUAAGUGAGCCCUGGGCCCCGGGUCUUCAGUGAUCCACAGGCGUAGGAGGAGGUGGUGGCUGGUGGAGGCGGUCCUCACCUUUGCCUCCUUCGUUCCUCUAGCAGCUGCCUUCUUCCCGGGUUCCAGCCUGUGUUUUGGAAGGUGGGGGUGGGUGCUGCUCCUUCCUCUGAAUAAAAGCACCCUUUCCCUUCCCC